AGGCCAAUAUGAGUUUCGAAAACCCGAUGCUUUACAACGAGAUACUGCAGAGAAAAGGUCUUUUGGGAGAUAUUUACAAAGCAGUGAACAAUUUAGACGGGUCAGCAGUAUUAGAAGCUUAUAAAGUACUGAGUAUUACUAAGGGAUUUCCUCGUCUGCACUCCCAUAUUAAAAAUAACGCCAGGUCUUGCAUGUUUCGCAGUCAUGGGAAUGAAUAUUACCAGGAGGAGAACUACCAGAUGGCUUUGGAAAUGUAUAACAAGGCUUUACUCUUUGCUCCAAAAGGCUCCAUAGAGAUGCUGCAUGCUUACGGCAAUAGAUCAGCACUACUUUUCCAUUUAAAUGCAUAUUCCGCAUGCCUGAAAGACAUUGAGACUUGUCGCAAACUUGGGUGCACUGGAGACCUGGCGAAAAAACUUAAUAAGAGAUAUGAACAAUGUAUGGAAUCAAUGUGGAAAGAAAAUCUUAAGAACAACAUAUUGCUGUGCAGUUGGGCUCAAGAUUAUUUCAAGUUUAAUGUGAAGAAACAUUCUGAUAUACCUUGCUUAUCUGCCGAUGUGGACAUAGUUUCUGAAGAUGGGGAACAAAAGGUAAUUGCUACUAAGGAUAUAAAAAUUGGUACAGUGGUAGCUAUAGAUACCGCAUUUGUAACUCAUUCUCUCCCGGAUAAGUGUCUCGUCUCUUGCCAUUAUUGCCAAAAGACGACCUUCAAUUUGAUGCCGUGUGACAACUGCUGUGUCGCACUCUUCUGUAGUUUACAAUGUAAGGAGCGCUGUCUGAAUGAGUACCACAACAUAGAAUGUCAGAUCAUGGACAUUCUGCUAACAAUUGACGCAGGGCACAAGUUCCGUUUGGCAAUCAAUACUUUCUUGAAGCUAAAGUCACUCUGCAAGGACUGGAGUACCCUGAUUAAAGAAGCUAAUAAUAUUGGAACCAGCAGAUUAAAUGAGAGUUCAUUGAGCGAAAUAUACAAUGUUGAAAACUAUUCUUCAAUAUUGUGCUUCAAGGAGGAUAGGCGUUUUGUCUUUGGUACACUGUAUAAUAGCGCCUUCAUUUACGCCUCAGUGUUGCAUAGAUUGGAAAGAGUCCUCGGUUUCUUUCCUCAAUCAAAAUCGGAAGGUCUUGAAGCGAAGAAAUGCUUUGGCAAACUGUGCCUUAUUCUGCAGUUAAACUGCCCGGCUACAGAAGUUGUCACUUCAGCCGAGGAGCUGACUGUUGGUCAGAUUGUGACGGACAUGCCGGCUCACUUCGGCUGGUUCCCGUUUGCAGGGAAUCUGAAGCACUGCUGCGAAGCGAACCUGCUGGCGCUGGGCCUUGAUGACCGUUUAGCACUGGUAGCUAUAAGACCUAUAAAAAAGAUGUCCGAGUUGACAGUUUCUUAUGUCGGCCACUGGUACGAAAACCUAUACGAAAACAAGCGCCGGAUGAAGCUAUACCAGAACAUCCUGAACGUGUGCAACUGCCGCGUGUGUGCCCAAGGCUGGGACAUACACAGCUUCCGGACACGAGAACUAGACGCCAAGCUGAAGAAGGUCAGUAUCAGUAAUGCAGAACAUCCUGAACGUGUGCAACUGCCGCGUGUGUGCCCAAGGCUGGGACAUACACAGCUUCCGGACACGAGAACUAGACGCCAAGCUGAAGAAGGCUGGGACAUACACAGCUUCCGGACACGAGAACUAGACGCCAAGCUGAAGAAGAACAUCCUGAACGUGUGCAACUGCCGCGUGUGUGCCCAAGGCUGGGACAUACACAGCUUCCGGACACGAGAACUAGACGCCAAGCUGAAGAAGAACAUCCUGAACGUGUGCAACUGCCGCGUGUGUGCCCAAGGCUGGGACAUACACAGCUUCCGGACACGAGAACUAGACGCCAAGCUGAAGAAGAACAUCCUGAACGUGUGCAACUGCCGCGUGUGUGCCCAAGGCUGGGACAUACACAGCUUCCGGACACGAGAACUAGACGCCAAGCUGAAGAAGGUCAGUAUCAGUAAUACAGAACAUCCUGAACGUGUGCAACUGCCGCGUGUGUGCCCAAGGCUGGGACAUACACAGCUUCCGGACACGAGAACUAGACGCCAAGCUGAAGAAGGUCAGUAUCAGUAA